AUGUUCUAGCCAUUGCCUAAAAAUAUUUCUCAAUUAUCAGCAAGAGGACAGAUGGAGAGGCGGCGACCACCGUUUCUCAGAGGCCCUAGUAGAACGAGAGAGAAGAUAGAGAGAGGCAUAGGCAGUAAAAUGGAUUCUACAGGAAGUACACUAAGUGGAACUGGAGAUUGUUUAAGUGAAGAAGAUCUUUCACCAGAUGCAUUGGUUAGACAAAACUAUGAAUUACGUCAUCGUCUUGAAGAAGAGGCAGCUAAUUACAAAAGACGUUUGGAUACAUAUAGACAAGCACAACAACAUCAGGCUGCUCUUGUUUCACGUUUACAAGCCAAAGUAUUGCAAUAUAAACAAAAAUGUUCAGAAUUGGAAAAUCAAAUGGCAGAAUCUAUAGUAUAUGAUUCUAAUAAAGUUGUAAGUUCUGCACCUCCAACAACUUCUGUUUUAGAUGCAGCUCAUCAAACACUAAGAGAAAUACGUGAAGAACAAAUAUAUGAUUUAGAUACUGCUCUAAAAAAGUUAAGUGAAGAACGUAAAAGAUGUGAAAAACUGCUGCAAUUAAAUACAACAUUAAAAGAUCAAUUAGAAGAAUCUCAUCAAACAAAUGAAGCACUUACAAAUGAUCUACAAAAAUUAAGUAAUGAUUGGGAUAUUUUAAGAGAAGAAUUAGCUAUCAAAGAAGAAGAAUGGAGGGAAGAAGAGCAAGCUUUUAAUGAUUAUUAUACUUCAGAACAUAAUAGAUUAUUAAUUCUUUGGCGUGAUGUUGUUUCUGUAAAACGAUUAUUUGCAGAGAUAAAAUCUAGUACAGAAAGGGAUCUUUUAAAAAUGAAAAAUAAUAUUAUUUCUACUUUUAAUAAUGUUUCGUCAGCUUGUAAUAAUACAGGCUUUGCUAUGAGAAUGCAAGCAGCUAUGCAUCCAAUGGUAUCUCAACAAGUUCAACAGGUACAGGAACAGGUAACAACUGAUUUAAAAAUGGAAUUAAUAACACUCAAACAACAGUAUGAUGUAGCUCAAAAUGAAAUUCGUAUAAAGGAAGAAAAAAUCAAUCAACUUAUUCGUGAUGUUCACAGUUUGGAAGAAAGAUGUGGAGAAGCAGAAACGGAAAUUCAUCGCAAUACACGUUUACAAGAUGAUAUAGAAAUUUUACAAUCUGCAUUGAGAGAUAUAGCACAUGCUGUAAUUCAAGAUGCAGAAAGCCGCGAGAUUGAAUCUACUCAAGCACCUCCUCAUCUUCAUUUAUCACCUACUGGACCAAUUCCUCAAAAAUCACCGAAAAGAGGUACAAGAAGUAACACCAUUCCAGCCUUUGCUGAAAGUACUAUUAGUGCUGUACAAGCAGCUCUCCAUAAAUAUCAGUUGACUAUACAUGAACUUCAGGUGAAAUUGCAAACUAACAAAGAACAAUUACAAAAUACUCGUAAACAAUGCGAAAAUGCAGAAGAGAAUGUUAAAACUUUAGAGAAAAAAGCAGAAGAAUUGAUUAUUGAAUUAGAUGCAGUUCGAUUACACUGUUCACAACUUAAUCAAGAGAAAGAUAUGCUACAAAAAGGACUUGAUACUAUAAGAAUAGAAAAAAAUUCUCUUGAAAAAAGCAGAAUAGAACUUAAUAAUAUGAUGGAGAAUUUAAGCAAUGAUUGCGAAAAAUUGCAAAAAGCUAACAAUAAAUUACAAAAAAUUUGCGACAAUCUGGAAGAUGAAAAAUUAUAUCUUCAAAGUGAACUCAAUAGAUUAUCUAAAGACGUAGAAUUAAGGGAAUUAAAUUUGCGUUCAGAAGAAGAUAGAUGCAGUAAAAUGAGAGAGGAAUUAUUAACUUUACGUGAAGAAUUGAAUAAAACAUAUCUCACUAAAGAUAUGUUAGAACAACAAAAGUUAGAAACAGAUGGAUUAAUUUCACAAAUUGAAAAAUCCAAAGGUGAUUUAGAAUUAGAGUUGGAACGUGUAUUAUUAGAAAAAUCAGAUGUGCAAGAAGUUUUAAUGAAAUUAGAAACAGUUUGCAGCAAUCAUGAACAAGAAAAACAACGAUUACAAGAAGAAUUAAAAAAGGUAACAGAAGAAAAAAACAAGUUAGCAAAUCAAUGUACAGAUCAACAAGGUGAUCUUGGUUCCUUAAGAAAAGAAUUACUUCAAGCAGAACAAACUAGACUUGAUUUAGAAUCAGAGAAAGUAACUUUGAAUGAAAAAGUGAAAUUUCUGGAGAUCGAAAAGGAAAAGAUUGAAAUAGAAUUGGCACAAGUUACGCGCGAACGUGGAGAUUUCAAUAAUCAAUUAUCAGUUUUAGCACGAAAGAAAGAAACAUUAAACGAAGAAUUGAUGAGACUUAGACAAAGAUUAGAACAGGCAAACGAAAUGAAUGGAAGAAUAAAUCGAAAUUUAGAAGAUCUUGUAAAAGAUAAUGAAGAAAAACAAGUUCUCUUAGAAACUAAUGAAAAGGAAGUACAACGAUUACAAGAGCAGUUUGCUUCAAUGCGUAGUGAAAAAGAAACAUUAGAAGGUGUUUUAUUUGAUACACAAACUAGUCUAGAAAAUAUGCAUGUGAAAAAGACUCAAUUAGAAAAAGAACAGAAAGAACUUUUAAUAAAACAAGAAAGCUUAAAAGGACAAGUAGAAAGAUUAAUGAAAGAUCUGGAAAAUAGUGAGAAACGAAUUCAUGAAAUAAAGCAAACUUUAACGCAACAAAGUGGCGAUCAAGAAGCCGAAUUUCAACAAAUUAUUUCUAACGUGAAAAAACAUAGUGAAGAAAACAUAAAAAAAUUAAAUGAAGAAAAAGAACAAAUAAAGAUAAAUUUGGAGAAACGACUUCAACAAUCUCUUUUGCAAGUUACUGGAGAAAAAGAUAAUGAAAUAAAUCAAUUGCAGCAAAGAAUAGAUGAAAUGCAACAACAUAUAGAAAAUUUGUGUCAGCAACAUGAAGAAGUUCUUCUUAGAGCAGAAAAUGAUAAACAGCAAGCUCUUCUUAUAGCUCAUCAUGAUCAGCAAGCAUUAAUGGAAAAACUCGAAACUGUUUUGCAUGAAAUGGAAGAAGAGAAAAAUAAUGUAGAACGAAUCAAACGAGAAGCUGCAGUAAAAACUGAACAAGAGCGUAACAAUACAAAUCAAUUACGUGAUGAAUUAAAUCGUCUUAAAACAAAAUUGGAUGAAACGAGAUUAAAAACUGAUGAAGAAAAAAUAAAACUCGAUCUAAAGAUAGAAGAACUCUGGAAAGAACGUGAAUUAGCACAAAGAGAAUCCGAAGAAUUGCAAGUUCAAUUACAUAUGACAGAAGAUAAAGUUGAUAGUUUGCAAAAUCAACUGCAUGAAACUAUUAGAAAACUUAAGAUAGCCGAAAAUCUUAAUGAAACGUUACGCAAAGAAUUAGUAGACAUUAGAAGACAAUUAGGUGAUUGUACAUAUGAAAAAGAAAAAUAUAAUAGUAGCAAUAAAGAAUUACGUGAGCAUGUAAAACGCAUUGAAAGCGAAAAAAGAGAACAAAAUAGAAUAUUAGAAGAAUCAUAUCAAAAAAUUUCAGCACUGGAAGAUAUGAAAAUAAAUGUAGAUGCAGAGAGAUCUCGUCUUCAAGCACAAAUUCGUGAUAUGGAGAAAGAAAUGUUGCAAUUACAAAAACAACUUCAUUUUACUCAGGAUGAAUUACAAAAAUCACAUCAAAGUAACGCUCAAGCACAAAAUGAUGAAAAAGAAUUACAAGCUCGAUUAACUAAUGAAACAGAAGAAAGAGAACGUUUACAAUUGCAGUUACAUCAAGUAAAAAACAGGUAAAAUAUUGAAAUAUUUUAAUUAAAAUGAUAUUUUCCUUCAUGCUUAUUUUUCGAACAGUUAAUGGAUGUUGACAAUAGUCUAAAAGUAACAAGACAAGAACUUGGAAGAUUGCGAUCACGUGCAGAUGAAGAGAAUGAGCGGUGGAGAGUUAGAGAACAAGAACUAGUAGUUCGUCUUGAGGAUAGUCGAUGUCGUGAAAGAAAACUCGAGGACCAAAAACAUAACUUAGAAGUUUGUUUAGCUGAUGUCCAACAAAUUCAAGAACUAAAGGCACGUCUUGGAGGUUCCGAAGGACGAGUUCGAGCUUUAGAUGCGCAAUUAUCGCAAUUAGAAAUAGCAAAAAAAGAAGUCGAACAAAAAUUAAGUAGCGUGGGAUCGACUUUACGUCGAAUUGCAGGUAUUCAAAUGGAUGGAAGUGUUAGUAUACCCUUUAAAUUAUUGAGUCCAUCGAGAAGGUGGAGUCCAGCAAGAGCUCAAGAUCAUAUUGAUUCUACUAGAGAUGUGAUUCUUGAUGUUGAUCCUGAGACUAUUAGAAAGGGUAUACGAUCUCUUAUGCAACAAGUAGCACAAAUCGAACGUGAAAGAGAUGACUAUAAAACUGAAUUGUGUAAUUUGAAAAAGCAAUUGGACGAAAAUCAAGAAAUUCAGAAUAGAUCUGAUAUACAAAUAAACACUUUAUUAACAAAUAUAAGAAUGCUUCAAGAUGAAAAGAAUUCGUUGGAGGUAAAAAUUUCUCAAAAACAAAGUGGCUAUGAAAUGCAGUUAAAUGCUUUACAACUAAAGUCAGAAGAAUGCGAGCAAUUACGCGAGAAGAUUAUCAAUCUUGAAUUAAUGAUUAGUAAUAAUUCUGAAGAAAAAAUACAAUUUGAGGAAAAGCUAGAUAAAUUAAAACAAAUUCUAAACAAAGUAGAAAAUGAAAAACGUAAUUUACAAGAGGAACUUAGUAAAAACGAAUCCCGUGCUACGAAAUUAGAAUUACAAAGAAUGUCAUUAGAAGGUGACCUUCAAAGAUUGCAAAUGAUGUUCCAAGAAAAAGAUGCAAAUAUUCAUAAACUACAAGAGCGAAAUGAUACACAAAAUCGAACAAUGACAACUUUAGAAGAACGUUGUACUUCGUUGAAAUCUAUGGUAGAACAAUUAAAUCUUGCAUUGGAAAAGGCAUCUACUACAGAAAACGAAUUAAAGAAUGAAAUUAAUUCAAUGCAGCAUAACGUUAUGGAAUUAACAACUAAUUUGCAGACUUCUAAUGAAAAGAACAAACAGUUACAAAAACAAAUUUCAAAUGCUGAAAAUGAACGUAGAAUCUUAUCUGAACGUAUAGAAUCAAUGCAACAAUCUUUAAAUGAUCUCAAACAUACAAAUCAAACAUUAACAGAUCAAAUUACACGUCUUCAAAAUGAAUUAGCAAAUAAUGAAGUACAACGUUGUGCCUUAGAAUCUCAAUUAAGAAUAGUUGCCUAUCCAACACAAGAAGAAAAUACAAACAAGGAUGAAGAAUUAUUACGACAGUUACAAAUAGCACAAAGAGAGAGAAGUGAAAUGAGAGGAAAAAUAGAAGCUCUUAAUGAUAAGAUGAAAUUAUUGGAAGCUGAUAAACGUAAUUUAGAACGACAACUAUCAUUAUUUAAAUCAACUAAUCGUAGCAAAAGUUAUGAACGUUGUGAGAAAGCACAUACAGAACUAUUAGGUACAAGUUUCGAUAUAGAUCAUUAUGAACAAGAAAAUAGAGAAUUAAGAUUGAAAGUUCGUAGAUUAGAAACACAACUUGCAGAAAAGGAAGCUGAAUUUAUAAGAUUGAAAUCAAGUUACACUCAUACACAUUCCAUAUUUGAUUUUAAUCGAGAUAGAACCGGCGAAAUUGAAAGACUUAGAGCAGCUCAACUGCAAGCUGAAAAAUUAUUAGAAGCAAGAGAACAAAGUCAUCGUCAACAAGUUUUGCGUUUGGAAAAUCAGAUACAACUGUUACGCGAGCAACUUAAUCAAGAAAUAAAACGUCGACAAUUAUAUGUUUUACGAAGUUCAAGAGCAGGUAGAGAAAUGCAACAAUUAAGACAAGCCUUAGGCGAUUCUUUAAGAACUGUAGCGCAAGAUCCAUCAUUAGACGCAGUAUUAUUAGAACAUGAAGCUCGAAAAUUGGAUUCUACUCUGACAAGUACUACCAGUUUACCGCCAUCAUUAGCUUUACCUCCGCCACCGUCUUAUGAUAGAUCUUCUACGCCAGCACAACUCAAAUGAGUUAUAAUAUGUUUCAGACUGAAUUAAAUGUGGUAACUGCCAAUGUAUGUUCAAUAAUACAAAAUAAGUAGUAUACAAUAGUUCUUCCAUAUAUGGGAACAUAAUUUAACUUUAAUCACGUAUUUGAAAUUCAUUAUAAUAAGUUAUUUCAAGACCACUAAUUGAUAUAAUAUUUUAAUAAUGAGUAGCAUUUUAGUAUUUUGCAACUUUUACAUACAAAUUUUUCAUACAAAUUUGAACUGAUUAUUUAGAAACUUAUUCCACAUUUUAAAUUGUAAUGUAUAUUUAUUAUAAUUCUUAUAAUAUUUAUUAUAAUAUUUAAUAAUAUUCUAGACUUCUCCAAAUUAUUCUGAUCUCAGAAUAAUUUUGUUAUCUUUUUUCUUUCAUUUUUAUAUGUUAUAUAGUAUUAUCAUGCUUUACAAAAUUUUAAUAUAAUAAAAAUGAAAGUUCGUGAUAGAAAAUCAUUCCUAAUCUGUCCAUAAAUUACAAUAAUUUUAGCUUUGAUUGUAAUUUAUAUGUAUAUUUAUUAAUAAGUUAUACAUUAAUUUAUUAUAAUAUUAUAUUAUAUUAUUAUUUCAAGAAUAUAUAUUUGGAUUAUAUCAAAUAUAUUUAUGAUAAGUAUAAUGGAAAGCACUUUCAAAGUAUAAUGAUAAAAAUAAUGCUAUCUUUAGUCUCGUCUCGAGACCAAAGAGAAUCACCAAACAAAAGCAUUGUAGAGAUAUGCUUCUGAUGAUUUCAUAGAUAUUGAAAUUUAACACAACAUAGAAUGUAGACAAUGUUGUUAUAAAAAAUAUUAAAAAUAACAUGCAUAGUUGGCAAAAUGGAUUGUGUCUAUUCUUUAUUGAUAAGAAUAUAGACAACUAAUCCAACCAAAAUAUUUAGCAAUUGAACUGUUGUGCUU